UUGAUAAAAAAUAUUUAAAGAAAUUAUAUUUUAUUGAUGUGAAAAUAAAUAUGGGAAACUUAGGUUUGUUGUAAUGUAAAAGAUAAUGAUUAAAUUAAAUUUCAAAAACAAAAAAGAUAACGAUUAUUUUAAAAAAUCAAAGCAAAAGCGAUAUUUUUUUUUAACAACAAAAUCGAUAUUAAUUGGAAUAAGUAAAAUAAGUUUCUUUUUUUUAAAAAAAAUUAAUUCUCAUUCGGUAUUCCCUUCGGUAUUCCUAAUCAAAAUAUACAAUAAUACUAUAUAAACAUAUCUAAGUCCCAACAAAAAAAAUAUUCUAUCAAAUCAAAACUUUCAUUUACUAUCAUCACCCAUAAAACUAGAAUUUCCCCAAAGAAAAAAACAACAAACAUUCUUUUUUUCGUUUUUCUAUUGUUCUUGGUAGAGUUUCACAGCGUUGUUUAUGGUUGAUUUUGAAUUCAUCUGAAGUUCAAAGAUUAUUAAUAAUGGAAGGCAAUUCCCAAAGUCCCCAAAAUCUGCACUUUUACAAGAUAAUUACAGAAGACAACCUACAACAGAAUAAAAUUGUAAGUUUGUUUAAUCUAUGAAGUUUCUUAAUUAAUAGUUAUACCUCAAAUAUUCAAAUAUUAGUAUAUUAGUUAUAGGGUUUAUUUGUUAAUAAGAACCAACUAAUUAGUGUAGAGUAGAAAAUUUUGUUGAAACAUUAUUUGUUUUAUUGAAAAUUUUAGUUUUGCCAAUCUUUGUAUAGAGGAGACUUUAUUGUAGUUUGGGAUGGAUUUUUUUUUCGAAUGGAAUAAUUAACUUUAUUAAUUACAAACUUCGGCUACCAACCAAGGUAGCAAUUCAGUUAGAAUAAUGUAGCAGCCUUAACGAUAUUAUGAACUACUAUAUUAAUAGAUCAUUUAAUAAAAGAAAAAUAAAUACUUUUUAAACUUGCUAGCAAACUUUUUACAAUCUUUAAUGACAAGACCAAACAAAGACUAGUUUGGGAUGAUUUAGCAUUAAACUUCUAUAUUUAGAGUGUCUUUUGAAAGACUCAAAAUUACUGGUUUAGUGUGACUGCCUAAUAGUAUGAGUUAAGGCUAAUAGCUAUGAAUCUAAUUUAAAUAUUAGGAAUCAUUAAGUUAGGGCUUAGUAGAUUAAUUCUUUUCUUUUUUUUUAUAUAAGCUUUAAGUAUAAGCAAAAACUAUGUCAAGUAGGCUAAUAAUAAGUUAUUGUCAUUUAUUAGUAUGUUGAAUUUGAUUUAUUUAUUUAUUUAUUUUUUUUUGUGUGGGGUUACAGUGGAUUCCUUACCUUUUUAUGAAAAAGUGUAGAAAGACAUCAACAGAAACAGUAUAUGUUAAGACUGCAAGUGAUAACUAUAAAUGGAAAAUGAAAUUACAAUUUUAUGAUGGAAAAUUUUGGUUAGAAGAAGGUUGGCCAGAAUUUGCUAAGCAUUAUAAUCUAAAAAGAGGCUACACCCUCACGUUUAGAUAUGAUGGGAAUUCUGACUUUAAUGUUAUUAUAUUCGAUAUAAAUACAAUAGAAAUAAAUUAUCCUUCUGUUCCUGACACUAAAGAAUUCUUAACCCCUAAGAAAGAAGUUAUAAAUGGUGAUGAGGUUUCAUCUUCCAACAACAAAAUGAAGAAGGCAUUUGCAUUGCCAUGUCCUAUGCCUAUAAGACAAGCCAAAUUUAAUGGUGAAAUAGAAUUCGUAACACCUAAGAAGGAAAGCAUGGAUGCCACUGAUUUUGUCAAAAUUUUUGAUGAGUUUCCACAACCUAGAAUGCAAAGUAGUGAAUUUCAAUUAGUUAAUGUUCCACAAUAUGAUCCGAAUCCAAUAAUGACAGGUAUGAAAACUUUCUUUCUAAUCUUGAUCUUGGAUAUGUCAAUUUUUAUGUUAUACACUUUGUCAAUUUUGUCUAACUCUUUUCUCUUGAUAGAACAACUUGAUAUUCUACCUAAAAAUAAUGGUAAAAAAAUUAAAAAAAGAUCGAAGAUUCCAGAACAUGUUAAACAACUAAAAGGGCAUGAAAAAAGUUUAGCACUUCAAAUGGCUGAUGGUUUUAGAUCCAAACGUCCAUUUAUCAAAGUUGUCAUGCAACCUUCUUUCGUGUAUGAAAAUCGAAUGACACUUUCAAACUCAUUUGCAAAAGAAUAUAUAAAAAAUACUUCAUGUGAUGUGAUACUCAAAGUUUUGGAGGGGAGGAGUUGGUAUAUGCAUUUCAAAUAUGAAAAGAAUGGUAAAAUGAGUGGAAAAGCAAUGUUAAGAAGUGGAUGGAAUAAAUUUGCAAAGGAGAAUAACUUGGAAGUAGGUGAUGUUUGUGUGUUUGUUCUUCUUGAGGGUGAAAAUGACAAAAUUGUAUUUGAAGUUGUAAUACUUCGUCUCAAUGGAGAUUCCAAAAUCCCCAUUUCUUACUUAUGAACACAAUUAGCAUAGCAUUUAGAUUUUUAAAAUGUUUACUUAUAUUUGUAUUUAAUAAUAAUUUAAUUGAGAUGAUAAUUUUAGUGAAAAUAUUUGAAUUUGUUUGACAUUUGUAUUGAUAAAUUUUAGCUAAAUAAUAUAGAAAUUUUUUAUAAUGCACUCCUCUAAAAGGAUUUUAUUGUUGCAUUCUCCUGAAAUAGAUGGAGAAUGUAUUGGUGGACUUCUUUUAGGGAUGCAUUGUAGAAGUAUCCAAUAAUAUUUAUUCUUGGUUUUAUUAAUUUUAUAAUAUUAUUAUAUAUUUAAAAAUAAAAAUUAUGUAGAUAUUUUAUAUAAGAAAAUUUAAAUUUAAAAUACUAUUUUUAAUUUUAUUGGUUUAACUUUGAAUUAAAAUAAAAAAAAUUAUGUAGAUAUUUUAUAUGAAAAAAUUUAAAUUUAAAUUUAAAAUAUUAUAGAUA